CCGAGGUUGUGUGCAGCCCCUGGGGUUGUAAGCUGAUUAGCUGGCUGCUCCAUCCCACGCUGCUUCUGGAGGGAGGAGAUUUAGAGCUAUUAUAACCACUAAGUCCUCUCUGCUAUAUGUUUACAGGUCAGGUUAACAGACGUGCACACACAUAUCUACAAACUGAGGCAUCACUGCAGCUCUCAGGAGCGCGUGUACGAACUCUGGAGCGGGUCAUAUUUUUUGUUUCCAUGCCGACCCUCAGGAGGGCGUGAGUCUGUUGUCUUUAGUGGGCUGAAGGCAGCAAGGUAUCCCGCAGUCCUGAACACUGCUAGCAUGCCUGUGCAUCAGAUAUCAGUCGUGCCCAUCGCCAAAGAGACCGCCAAAAGCUCUAGCCGGAAUAGAGACAAGAGUAAAGAGAAUGAGGGUGAGAAAGCACCUGGGCGAUCAGGAAGUCGAUCCAGCAAUAUAUCUAAGGUGAGCACUUCCACCCCGGGAGCCGUGCUGAACAGCAUCUCUCAAACGUCGGUUACACUCUCCUCCCAGGACAUAUGCAGCUCUAGUGGUCACACUAAACUUGAAGUAGAUGGCUCAGAUCAGACUACACCCGUCAUGCCCAUAAACCCUGCCUCCGACCCCGCCCCCACCGCAAAGCGGCAAGUCAAACGUCGUAUCCGACGGCGAAGGGAGAGCACCGGGAAUGUUGGGUGUGCCACAGAGUGCGUGGACCAACCGAGACAUUCACUGUUGCACAGACAAACGCACACACACUCUGACUCGUCCUCAGAGGACGAGCAGCGCUGGAGAGAAGCUCGCUCCUGGAGUCGCCAGAAAGCGAGACGGAGACGCAGCAGCAGCCAACACACGAAAACGCAUCCCCGUGAGGAACGAGAAACCACUAAGCUCAUGUCUGUCAACUCAGAUGGGGGACAGAAGGAGAACCAGGCACCGUUAUGCAAGGGUCCCAACACCAGGGCCCACAAAAAGUUAUCAAAAAUGGAGAAGCGUGGGGACCAAAGCAAGGCAGCCACUCACAGAAAAGGCAAUGAGCAUAGUAAUAGUGAGGAGGAAGAGCCUAUUACAAAAACAUAUGAGGAAAGAGGUUCAGGAGACCCAGACAUGUCUGUCCCAUCCCCUUUUAAAUGCAGUGUUCCCACUGAUCAUAAUGGUGCCACGCAACAAGCAUGCACUGAUGAUGAACUAGAGGUGUGCAGGAUCUGUCACUGUGAAGGUGACGAGGAGUGUCCGCUCAUCACACCUUGCCACUGUACGGGAAGUUUGCGUUUUGUGCACCAGGGGUGCCUGCACCAGUGGAUCAAGAGCUCGGAUACACGCUGCUGUGAGCUCUGCAAAUAUGACUUCAUCAUGGAGACGCACCUCAAACCUUUGCGCAAGUGGGAAAAGCUACAGAUGUCUACAAGCGAGCGGCGGAAGAUCUUCUGCUCUGUGAUGUUUCACCUGGCUGCUGUGGUGUGUGUCAUCUGGUCACUUUAUGUUCUGAUUGACCGCACGACUGAAGAGAUUCGCCAAGGCAAGAACAAUGCGUUGGUGCGUUUGUCCCCUCUCAAUGCCGUAGGGGUGCUGGAGUGGCCGUUCUGGACCAAGCUCAUCGUGGUGGCGGUUGGCUUUGCUGGAGGACUCAUCUUCAUGUACAUUCAGUGCAAAGUCUACCUGCAGCUCUGGAGGAGGCUGAAGGCUUUCAACAGGAUCAUCUUUGUACAGGACUGCCCCGACACCGUCCGCAAAGGAGAGAACAGGCCGCCCCCUGUCAUCCAGAGCAAUGGCACGCAUGGGGCAGAGGAGGUUUCUGCACCUCAGACACAAACUAACACAGGAGCAAUUGAAAUGACCCCUGUUUGACGAUGGAUGCUUGGUGC